AUGCGUUUAUUAAUCGUUUUUGCCGCUAUAGUAACGUUGUCAGCAGCAGCGCCACAAUUCGGUUACGGCUAUGCACCGAACAAAGGAUUUCGCGGAAGUGAUAAUAAAUAUCUGCCACCAGCCACCACAACAGCUGCACCCUUAGUUCACAAACAAUUCUAUUUGAUUUCUGCACCUGAAGAUCGCGAUGGAAUAGGCAAAAAUAAACAUUUAGUCAUUGGACGCCCCCAAAAGAAUUAUCGCGUCGUCUUCAUCAAAGCGCCAAGCGGUGAUAAUAACAAUGUCAAAUUAUCUGCUGAGUAUGCACCACAGGAGGAGAAGACUGUCAUCUAUGUGCUUAGCAAGAAGGAUAACGACUUGGAUGUUAAUGAUAUUGCUACACCACCGCCCACACCGCCAAGCAAACCUGAAAUUUACUUCAUCAAAUACAAGACACCGGACGAGGCUAUAGCAGCACAGAAGGAAAUUCAAGAUCAAUAUGAUCGCUUGGGCGGUACCAGUGAAUACUCCGAUGAAGGUGAGGCUCCAGUGACUAACAUUAUUGGUUCAUUGGAUGGUGCUACACCCGAUGGUGGUUACAAUUACAAACAAAUACAGGGUGGUGACGACACUCCUUUAAGUCAAUACUUACCACCUGCUUUAUAA